AUCUUAAACAAGCAGAAGAUGAUGUUGUCACGCUUAGAGAAUCACGUCAGAAAAGGCAUUACCUUAAUCAGCAAGAUCUCUUCAAGUCUAGUCUUGCCGAUUCUCGACAAAGAGAAGAUGAGGCAAAAAAGACUUUUAAAUUUUUCUCGGUCUAG